CCCAAAACAAACACAGCAGAAGAAGAAGAAGAGAGAUAUGAGACUCCACAACUAACCCUCUCUUUCUUUCUCCCUCGCUUUUCUGGUUUCUCUUCUCUCUCUCAUGGACUCCAUUCCCAGAUCCCGGCGAGCCCUAGAACCCGGAUCCGGCGGGAAGAUUGUCCGAACCCGACGACUGGCUCGCACCAGGACUCCCUACGACCGCCCUGCUCUCACCGCUAAUCCUCCUCCACCUCCUCCCGAAAGCCCUAAUUGGCUCGCUAGGUUCCUUUACACCCCUACGCGCUCCAUCGUCAGUGGCGCCGGCAAGGUCCUCUCCUCCGUCUUCCGCUCCGAUUCGUCCUCCUCUUCCUCUUCAGAGAUUGGUAGUGAUGAUGAAGAAGGUGAUGAUGAUUAUGUUUCGUCUCAAGAAGACGAUGGAUUGAACCAGAGGAAUGGGACAUCAGAACCACUAUUCAGGCAGGGGGAAUCCAAGCAUGCAAUUGAGCAGCUGCUGAGGCAGGAGACCUUCUCGAGGGAAGAGUGUGACAAGUUAAUAAAGAUUAUUAAAUCGAGAGUCGUAGGCUGUACCAGCACUGAAGAUGCGCAGAAUACCAGACUUAAUAUGGAUGCAACUGAUCUUUCUGCAACAGCUAUUUCAGAGGCCAAAAAGUGGGUAAUGGAGAAGAGGUUGGGAUCGGCUUCAAAGUCAGAGUUGGGUCAUGGAACGAUUCUGUUUCCACAAGGUGCUGAAGAUGAUGGUGGUUCCCCAGUAGAUGUGGCCAAAUCUUACAUGCGGGCACUACCUCCGUGGGCAUCUCCUUCAAGUCAGCAUGGAGAAUUGAGAUCUACAUCACCUCUAGGGUUGCAACUUUUUAAUGAAGAAACCCCGUAUUCACUUGGUGGAACUUCUGUCACUUCCAAGCUGAAAAGAGACGCCCCUGCUACUGGGUCAUGGAAUAUCCAGGAGGAAAUACGAAGAGUGCGUACAAAGGCAACAGAAGAAAUGCUUAGGUCUCUACCUUCAACGAAAAUUGAUUGGUCUGCAUUUUCUCGGGAAAACAGAAGUACCUUGAACUCUUUACAAGAUGGAAAGCAAGAAGCUGAUUUGGGAGACAAACUUAAGAAUCCUAUAACAGCUGCAGGUUUAACUACGGACCCGCCUUUAGGCAUAUCUACAACCCAUAGCUUUGAUGUUACGGAGAAGACACAAGAUGGGCUGCAAAAAGAAGCUUUGACUAGUGGGACUGAACAGCCAGAUGCAAUUAUAGAAGGAACCAUACAAUAUUCAAAGGUGCAUGACCAAACUUGUUCAACAGAAAAAGAUGCAACUGCCCAUACCACUAAUGGCUUCCCUUAUUCAGAACCAAGAGAAGAAACCACUGUGCUAAACGGAGAAAUAAAUCAGGUGGGUUCAAGUCAUGGGAAGAUGGUCACAACUCUCCUUGUGGAGGAAACCUUUGAGCUUGACAAGGUCAUCUUGGAGAACAAUGAAAUGGAUAUUGAUGGCAUGACGGGCCCUGAAUCUAUGCCUGUGAAUGCAGCCAGUGUUGAGGCAUCAAAAGUGAAUGUAAAUGAUAUAGAUGCCUCAAAGGGCAAUGAUAGUGCUGCAAGUGGCUCCCAAAACAGUUCAAGUAUGCCGGAUGAGUUAUCGCAGGAGCUGACCCAGUCUCAGCCGAAAUCAAUUAACAUUGCGGUAGCCAAGGAAGAGGGUGUUGUUCAGAAGCCGAAGGCAAAACGACUCACCAGAUACAACAGGAGAGGCAGGCCACGGGGCAAAUGACCGCCGAAAUGCACCUUUGUAUCUUAGUCUGUAACUUAUUUGUACACUAGCCCCUGUAAUCUGGCAAAUUAAUAAUUUUUUUCUGUCUUGUUCUGUAUCAGUGAGGUAGGAACUACUUGGGUAUUUAUGCCCUAUUUAGUCCGUGUUUAGCUAAACUUAAGUUGGAUACUGGGAAUCUUUCUCCAGAAGUAGAAUUUGAUCAGAAUUGUGUAAUCUGAGAACCCCAUUGUAGGUGAGAGUCAAAUUCUUUGAGUUCGAUUAUAACGCAUUUUAACAAUGUUCACUUCCUAGAUAUAACUUUAAGACAUCAAAAUUAACUC